GUUUCCAUUGUCUACCGUCUUCUUCACGUCUCCAGUCCUGUUCUUGCGCCAUUCAUUACGUCUCGUUCGCCCCGGUUAUGAGGGCAUCGUAGCCGGCUUCUAGGACACCAGGUCCGUGUGAACCUUUGCAAAUUAUUAUAAAAGGUUGUCUGUGCCGCACGAUCGUUGCACGCCAGCAAAUUAGACGGCGGAACUGGUCCAUCCUGGAGAUCUUCUUGCUAUCAUCGCCGCCCUCUCCGCUGUCGCUGUCAUUAUCAUCAACACUGCCGUUGGUGGCACAUAUUUCUCUGGCACGGGACGUCGACCAUGGCCAACAACAACAUUACCCUGGCGAUCCCCGGCCAGCCAAACUGGGGCGUGUGGUGGACCUUUGAGGUUGGUCUCAGUGAAUUCCAGCUGGACAUUGUUGGUUUCCUCGCCGUGUUAGGCGAAGGCUCCAUCCUCGCCAACGCCCAAGUUUCUGCGCUGUCCCGCCUCUUCUACCUUCCGCGCCUACUGCCUGCGCCUCAAGCACUCAUUCGCACAACUCGGCCAACCACACUGCCGCCCUUUCCAGCUAAAGUCACGGGAGUCCACUCGGGUAACGUCAAAGACCAUAUCCACCAUGUCGCACACAUUCUGCUCGGCGAAGACAUGAACACAUUUACUGUCCGCUGUGUCAAAGUCACGAAGAAGGCAGAAUCCUUCCACCCCCCGACGCGAAUCGAUACCUUCUUUCGAGGAGUUUCUCGCAGUAUGACUCGCAGUAUGACCCGAUCUCCGGAGAUUGGGACUCCCUCGGUCAAAGCGAAGGCAAAUGGCCCGCUCUCGUGGGUGACUCUCCUUGGUUUCUUCAUGUCCGUGAGCAUCUUCGCCCUGUCCAUCAUUUUUGGAGAUGGCAUGUCCAUGAUUGCCACGAUCCUGCUAUCAUUCUUGUCGACGGUGGUGGGAGUCAGUAACAAAUGGAACCUCAAACUGCCACGUCGGCCACAAGCCGAGGCGCCUCCCGGGGAUGUCGUUAUCAGGUAUCCCAACGGAAGUUAUCUGAUCGUCCAAUGCGACGAGGAUGUCGCCCGCGAAUUGUACUUUGCGCCCGAGGAGAUCGACUAUACUAUUAAAAGCCCAAUGGCUUACCGGAUACUCUCGCUGUUCGGCACUUUGAUGCUGAUGCUGGGUGUCAUUGCGCUGGCCAACGCCAAACUUCAACUGCAAAUGGUUUGGGCAGGCGCAUACAUCCUCAUCAACAUUGUACACUGGGUCGUCGCUGCUGUGCCUCAGAAAAUGCAUUGGGAUCUCUCAUGUUACGAUGUCCGCGAGCAAGGCGUGGAAGGUGGCCCCUCUAAUCCGAGCUUCACCGAGGCGCUCUGGAAGGCAAUUCUCAUCACGAAGUCCAAGUCUUGGGUCAAGAACGGCAAAGCCGCGCCCGAGACCGAAGUCUGGGACGCUUGGCUCGACAAAGCCGAAGAACAGGCCAACAUGUACCAAACACAUAUAGGAGAGCUCGAGAAGCCGCUAUGGUUGGACGGCGACCUCUCCAAAGCAACCAUCUUUGACGCGCCGCACAAGGAUCAGUGGGAUGCCAAGUCGGCCUGGGACGCUCUGAACAGAGCGCGGCAAUCCGAACAGCAACAGGCCCGCGACGCCGCUUUGAGACGACGACCAAAGACCUCUGCCAGUUCGGAAGAGAGCUCAGAGUCUGAUGACAUCUCCAAGGUCCGGCCCAUCGUCUCCGAGCAACCCCAGCGGAGCUAAGUUGGCAUCAUGAUGCUUGUUUCCGCCCACGAUCAGGCGUGGAAACAUCGCAUCUUUCAUUGAACGACUCACGAAAAUCUCCGCAUUUGUCCACUUUCUUCCUUCUCGCUGGAACAGCGGUGUUGCAUCUAGCGUUUCAUCACGCGUAUCAUAGGCCUGUGCUACGACACAGGCAGAGAUUGGAAAUUUGUCUUCACUUCUAACGAUGUUCUUUCUCGAUCUUCUCUACAAUUUCGUUGGGAUUUACGAUACCAUUUAUUGAGCGCAGUUUCGAUUCCCCAUUGCAUAGUUCUUGGAUAUGUUGAAAAAGAUUUUAAAGUUAUUCAUUCAUUUCCCCCUUGCAGGCCGAGUGC